CCCGGCCCGGCGGGGCGGCCCCGCACCGCACCGCCCUCGGCCCGGCCCGGCCCGGCCCGGCUCCCCGGCGCUUCCCCGGCGCCCUCGGCCCGGCCCGGCGGCGGGAGUCGCCCAGGAUGCCCGAGGAGGGCGGCUCUGUCCCACCAUGUCGAUUUCCAAACUGCAGGAUGUGGAUGAGGUUUUUGAUUUUACCGCUGUGGUUCCAGAGACGCCGCGCCUGGACAGUAGCCUGCAGAAGGCCCGUGCCCGGCUCCUAGCCAAGGGCCGCCGCCACCGGCCCUCCCGCUCCCGCCUGCGAGACAGCGCCAGCUCCACCGAAGGCGAUGAGGGGCCCGAGGCGGCGGAGGGGCUGGUGGGCACCCCCUCGCCCAAGUCCUGCCACAGCUCCGACAGCUCGCCCGGCUUCGCCCGCUGCGACACCCGGCCCCAGCGGCACAGCGAAGAUGACAGCCGGGACAUGAGCCCCCCCGAGCCAGCCAGCCCCACUGUGGGGCUUGAUAAGAAAACACGGAGGAAGUUCUUGGAUUUGGGGGUGACCCUGCGCCGGGUGUCCUCCAGCAAGGGUCGGAAGGAGAAGGGCAGCAACCGCCUGUCCAUGGGCAGCAGGGAGGCGGCAGAGGGUCCUGGACGCCCCUCGGGGUCCCCAUUCCUGCCCUUCUCUUGGUUCUCGGACGGCGCGAGGGGCUCGGCCUCCCCCGGCUCUGCCUCGCCCACCGGCUCCCCUCGGCACGAGGGGCUCAGCCCCGCCAAAUCCGCCUCCCAGGACUCGACGCUGAGUGAGGACUCCCCACCACCCAGCGCCAGCCCGCGCCUGCCUGGCCCCACCGCCACCAAGUGCUCCUACCCCUACCACACCCUGUCACAGUCCUCGGACGAGUUUCUGGAUGAGCCCCCUGGCACGGCUGCGGGCUGGACGUGCCAUCAGGUGGGACAGUGGCUGGAGAGCCUCAACCUGGAGCAGUACGUGGAGGAGUUCUCGGCCCAUGGCGUCGAUGGUCCACGGCUGCUGCACCUCGAUGGUGCCAAGCUCAAGGCGCUGGGGGUGGGCAGCUCGCAGGACCGCGCCGUGCUGAAGCGGAAGCUGAAGGAGCUGAGCCUGGCCGUGGAGAAGGAGCGCAAGGCCCAGGAGAAGGCGAAGCAGCGAGAGAAGCAGAAGAAGAAGGACCAGGAGCAGCGGCGGAGUUAAGGGGGGGGCUGGGAGCACCCCUGCACCCCCUCUCCACCCACACCCAGGCAUCCCGGGGGGCACCCGGCUUCGGCACAGGACACACCGCCACGGCCAAGGGACAGCGGUGCCAGGCUGAGACGAGCAUGGAGUGGCACAAGUCCCCCCCCUCCUCCAGCCACCCCCUCCCCGCCUGCACCCCUCCACUCCAUGGGCACAGUCUGGGCCCCACCAUGGGCCCCUUCUUCCGGAUGCAAACGGCACGUUGGACUCCCCCCCC